AUGUUUUUCUGCGCAAUAUCCGGGGAGCCCCCUCAAGAGCCCGUCGUCGUGGCCAAGUCGGGCAAGGUUUACGAAAAACGGUUGAUCCUCAAGUACAUAAACGAAAAUGGUACUGACCCAAUCUCGGGGGACAAAUUAGAGGAAUCCGACCUCAUUGUAAUUAAAGCUAGCCCCGAGACUGCUGCACCUCGCCCCCCAACACACACCUCCAUCCCGGCUAUGCUGCAGUCUCUCCAAAACGAGUACGACGCGAUUGUUCUCGAGACUUUUGUUCUGAAGCAACAAUAUAACUCGUUGCGCCAGGAGCUUAGCUACGCUCUGUAUCAACAGGAUGCCGCUACACGCGUCGUGGCGCGACUCAUUCGAGAACGUGAUCAGGCUCGAGAGGCUCUCGCAAAUGUGCAAGCAACCAUGGGGAUUGCGCCCACGGCGCCGGCGGCGGAAGACGUUGAGAUGGCUGAGGGCGAAAGCCAACCAGCUGAAUCGCUGCCCAAAGAAGUAAUGGCACAAAUAGACGAGACACACCAAGCUCUGUCCGCUGCCCGCAAGAAGCGCAAGCCGCCAGUUGGUUAUUCGACACCCGCUGACGUGAAAACCUUCACCGCCAAACAUACCAUCCCUUCCCUACACUCUUCCUCCCCAGCUGGCAUCACUUGUAUUGCUGUAUCGCAGUCUCACCCAUCCCAAUUCUUAACUGGAGGGAACGACAAAAUUGUGCAACUCUACGAUAGAGACACGGACAAGGUUCUCGAGACACUGAAGGGACACACGAAGAAGGUCAACCACGUCGCAUUCCGUGAACGCGAUGGUCUGCCCUCAUUGUUGAUUUCUGCGGGUGCUGACAAGAUUGCUAAAAUCUGGUCGCACGACUCUGCUUCGGGUGGAUACAUACCCAAGUCCACCAUUCGCACUCACAAGGGCGAUCUCACUGGUCUCGUUGUGCAUCCAACGAGCACACUCAUUGGUCUAUCAUCUCUUGACAAGACCUAUUCGCUCCAUGACCUCACCAAUUUCGCACAAGUGUUCCGGUCGGCCCCUUCGGACGAGGCAUUCACUUCGCUCGCUAUCCACCCAGACGGCAUGCUUGUUGCUCUUGGCACUCCUACGUCAACCAUCCAGAUCUACGAUAUCAGGGAUGGUUCAAUAGCAGCUACGCUGACCCCAACAGAGAGCUCACCCUUCACCGUCAAUACCCUUUCUUUCUCUGAGAACGGCUACCAUCUCUGUGCCCCUGAUUCGCUCUCAUCUGCCGCUAUUUGGGAUUUAAGAAAGCAGAAGGCUACUGCCUCGAUUCCCCUCGGUGACGGCUUUAAAAUCAACCGAAUUCGUUAUGACCCAAGUGCCCAAUUCUUUGGUAUCGCUGGCUCCGAGGGCUUGAGGAUCUUGGCCCACAAGACUUGGGAAGAGUUGGCGAAGUUCGAGGAAGCGGGUGAUGUCGCGGACUUGGCAUUUGGUGAAAAUGGCAAGGAGGUCUGGGGUAUCAGCGGCCGUGAAGUGCGGAUUUGGGGGGUGCCGUCUGAGUAA